UCUCCGAAUGGUUAACCACGUGACAUAACCAACAUGGCGUCCCCCAGUAAGAAGCGUGGUUCUGUGAAACUCCCAAACAACGUGGCCUUAGAACCAGAACAGCAGGAAGCCUUCGAAAAGACUGUAUUGGAAAUCAAGAACAGGGGAGCGUCGAAUGUCAAUCAGCCAGGAGUUAUCUACAUUGGACAUAUUCCACAUGGAUUCUUCGAGCCACAGAUGAAAUCCUUCUUUUCACAGUUCGGUAGGGUGACACGACUUCGUCUGGCAAGGAGUAAAAAUACUGGCAAUUCCAAGGGUUAUGCCUUCGUAGAGUUUGCUUCUGAAGAGGUGGCCAAGAUUGUUGCCGACACAAUGAACAACUAUCUCAUGUUUGAGAAGCUUCUGAAAUGUGCUUUCUGGCCAAAGGAGAAGGUUCAUGAGGAUCUCUUCAAGGGAAGUAAUCGGAAGUUCAAGAGCCCAAAGAGUCAUGUGAAUGCCAUACAGCGCCACAACGCUGUCAAGUCCAAGGCUAAACAGUUGACUCUUUCAAAAAAAAUGCUUCACAAGCAGAAGAAAUGUUUCUCCAAGUUAGCGGAACUUGGCAUCGACUUCACAGCUGAUGAUGUCACAAUGAAAGUAUCUGUUAAGAAGAAUGUAAAGUCUCCUGUUCCAAACACUGUGAAGGCAAAGGAUGGCAGCAACAAGGCCAUUUUGUGGGAGGACAGCACAGAGGACGAAAUAUCCUUCAAGACACCCCCUAAUGUUAUUAAGUCAUCAAACUAACUCGGACCACUAGUGGUUCGUUGAAGAUUAAUAUGGAUGAUUCCGUGACUAGUGAACUGGAAGUGAAGAAGGGGAAGGGCAAGAAAGGUGUUAAAAAAGACAGCAAGAAAAAUGAGGGAAAAUCAUCCACGAUUCCUAAAGUUGGACAGAAGGGCAAGGUUGAAGAGUACAAAGAUAAAGAAGAAAGGCCUCAAGUGAAGAGCUGCUUCAGCUGGACGUGAUUGGGGGUGGGGACCUGAUGUGACUGGGAAGGGCUAGGGGGGAUUUAUGUGAAUAGAGAGGGAUGUGACAGGGAUGGGGUGGUGAUUGAAGAGUUGUUGGAGAGACUCCUUGUCUACAUAUAGCGUCCAGAUUGUACGCUGCACUACUUGCAAUGGUGUGAUCACUGACAUUAUAAUUUCAUGACUUGAAUGUUGUACUCUUGCAUAUCCCCAAAAACCUGAAGUGUGGGGAUAAUGGUGUAUUUGACUGAUUUGACAACGUUUAUCAUCUCAUGCUGAUCUUUUGUUGGUAAGUAAUGUGCUGAAUUUCAAGGUAGAUUGUACAUGUAUUGCAUGAGGCAUGGAUGUUGGGACGUCAGAUUUUGUUUUGGCUGGGAUGAUGUGAAAAUGAUGUCACCUGUUUAUGUUGGAAUAGUGAAAAUGUAUUGAUAGUUGGAUAAUGUAAACAUGUUUUGAAUAACCUUAUUUCCCCUGUAUGAUGACAGUGCUAUGUAAACACAAUGUACAUACUAUGAUUCCUGUCGUUUGGUGAUGGCAAUAAAUCCAUCAUUGUC